UUUGAUGAAAAUGAGAGGAUGUGCAGAUUCUACUUUACGUGGAAAUGAAAAUAAAGAAUUUAUAACCAAAUCCGUUCCAAUUAUUUUGGAAGAAGGAAUUCGUAAACAGAGUGCUAGUAAUUUGUCGGGAGGUGAAGUUUCUACAAGUAGAGGUCCACCAUACAUUUUUCCAAGAUCUUUAUUAUUCAAUUCCAAUCCGAGGAAAUUACCUUGUGAGUUAAAUAAAAAAAUUGUAAAACAAUCAGCUGAUAAAAGGAUUGAAAAACGAUUUGAGAAAAAAACUAUGGUUCAAAUUACCCAUCCAUAUAGUAUAAAUGUGUGAUGUAGUCGCCAUUUUUAAGAUAAUUAAUCAAAGGAUAAUUGUCAAUUCAUCCCUUUUGGGCCCAGUAAAUUAUUUAUUCACAUAUUUACUAUAUAUUCAAUAUAACGAA